AUGAAGAAGCGGACCGCGCCGCAGCCCACGCGCGCCGGCGUGUAUUUCUUUCAGCAGCUGCUCCCUCCCACGGCUGCGUCGUGCGCACCCGCGGCGCGCGCGGGUAGCAGCGACAAUGCGGACGCCGGCGCGACGGUGGCGGGGGUGGUGGCGGAAAUCCUUGAGGAGUCGUUUACCCCCUCGGAAACCGCGGCGCUGCUGCGGCGCUGCACGGACGCGGAGCUGGCCAGCUCCGCGACGCUGGAGGGGCAGCUAGAGGCCGCCUGGAGUCGGGUAGAGGACGUCAUGGCACGAAACAAGCAGCGGCGUCGCGCCAUCGAGGACGAGCUGCCGCGAAGCCUAGCCGGGCUCGACGCGUACAAGUUUUGGACCCCCGAGGUGGCCGCGGCGCGCUUCAACUUCCCCACGCCGGAGGAGUUUGGGCUGUGCGAGCAGAAGGUCGUCGAGGGGAAUGAAGGGGCCGCCGCUCCCGACGGAGGUGGCCUCUCCAACGAGGCAACUAGGGAGCCUGUGGCGCCGGGGAAGCGCAGGGCAAAAGCGUGGGGAAAGACGGAGCGGGAUCUGCUUGACCCCUCCAAGUCGCCCCACUGCCUGCGCCGUCUCUUCGCGCCCAUGCUUCAGCGACGGCAAGAGCUCCCCAAGACGCUGACGCUCCUGCUUGCCGCCGUCCAGCGCGUGCAGUCGAAGGGGUUUCCUGAGAUCGAGGCGUUGAUCGAACAGGGCUACUUUCACAUGCCGCUCCAUCGCUCCUUUCUGCACAUCUCCUCCUUCAUCAUGCGCUACCUUGCAGAGGGUUCUAAGGGCGAGGGCCGCGAACGUGCAUUCGCUGAUGUCUACAAACCCGCCGCCGUGAAGUUUAAGGAGGCGCGGGAGAAAUUGCGCGAGAUGGGAGACCAAGGGGGUGCUGCGCCAUCCACACACGACACGGCGACGGAGGCGGUGUACAGCACGCUUCUCAGCGAGUUGAGGGAGAGGAAGGUUCUGCACACGGACUGCAGCGACGCCCUACAGAGCAUCGCCGAGGACACUACCCAGCAAUUGGGUGAGAUGGAGAAGGGGCUGCAGGAGUGCGACCGUGAUUCGCUUCGGGUGCUGAGCAGCCUCGAGCGGGACGUCCGCGCGUACAUGGAGAAGUUGCAGGGGGCCAUUGAGCGCACCAAGGCCGCCAGGGCGGAGAUUUGCGACGAAUAUCAACGAGAUCAUGAUCGUUUGCAGUCCUCCUUGCAGGCGAAACUGUAUCAGGCGAAAAAAAGCGAGGAGACGCAGGAGAAGCUUGCCCGCCGCAUCCGGGAGACGACAAAGGAGUGGUACAUGGAGCAGCUCAAGUAUGAGCGUCUCAUGCAGGAGGUCAUUGCGGAGACGCUGUCGCUUCGGCAGUUGGACCACAGCCACAGUGAGCUUGAGGCGUUGCUAGACGAGCGAUUGCCCACCUCUGAGUCUGAGCAAAAGUUGCAGUGGGUAAACGCCUCGCUACAGCAGUCGCAGGAGCUGCGCGCGGAACUUGUGACGCAGUGCCGGCAGCACAUUGGGCGGCUGCGGACGGAGGAGCACUACCGUCGAUGCCGCAUGCUUGGCUACGCCACAGAGAACGCGUUGUGCUGGUCGCGUUGCCUGCACGAUCUCUCGCACCUCUACGAAGGCCACUAUGACACCAUAGCUGCCAAGUGCGACGCCUCUAUGCAGCUGCGUUACCUCUUGGCCUACGAAAAGGACCUCGUGGUGAAGGACCUGCACCAGCUGCAGCGGGAGUUCUCUCUUCUUGAAAAUAGCUGGGCCAAGUUAAAGUCACUGCUGGAAGAGAUGGAGUUGCCGGCACCGCCGUUGGCGCAGUGUGAAAAGGAUGCGCUCUGCAAAGAGUUUCGCCGCAUCAUUUCUGAGCUUGUCAGUGGCCGUCUCAUUUAUGGCGAUUAUGCCCGACUUCUGCCAAUACGAGCAAGAGGGCGUUCUCCUCCACGGACUGAGAGGAGCGAAGGUGCGGCAGCUAGCGGCGUUGGGGGUUGA